ACAUUAUAUACUCUGAUGCUGAUUAGAGUAAUAGACGUAACAAUGUCAGGGUUACUUUGAUUUGUUUAAUGCAUUUAUUAUUAUAUUUUAAUUAAUUUUUCUACCUUUAUGAAUUAUAUCACAACAGUAUUAUGGGUGAUUUUAUUUUGGAACGUGUUAAUUCAAAUGAAAAAAUUCUCCUCAAACGGGAUGAAACGUAUACUUAUGGAAGAGAAAAAAAUAACGAAAUCGUUAGAGUUAGUCCAUUGAUUUCACGCAAACAUUGUGUGUUUAUCGUGACAGCAUCAAGUGUUAAAAUAAUUGAUUCAGGAAGUUCCAAUGGGGUAUUUUUGAAUGGUAAUCAAAUUCAUCCUCAUACUCCAACUCACGUAAAAGUGAAUGAUACGAUUGGAAUUGCCUGUGGAGAGCUUCAGAACAUACUACCAGAUACGUUUGUUUACAAAUUGAAACGUCUGGAAAAUGAAGCUCCGCAUAAACGAAAAUUGAAGACUGAAUGUUCAGAGAUUCCUUCCAAAAUUCCGAAAGUCGAGCCAAUAGAUUCUCCGGAAAUUGUUAUCAUAGAUGAUGAUGAUACUCCUGUCAUGAAAAAUGCACCUAGUAAGAUACCACCAAACGAGAGUAAUGUCAUUCAUCCAUCUGUUAUAAAAGAAGACAAAAAUGUUGUCAACAAUAAUUCUGAUAUGGAAAUUGAAUUAAUUAAUUUGGAUGACUUAGAACCUAUUGAAAAUGAUGUUUCAACUACGAAUGAGCAAAAUAACCAGACAAUAUCAAUAAAUAAAAUACCACAAAAAAUAGUCAGUUCUUCGUUUCCAAAACCAGAAUUUAUUCCAACAAAUGUCGCUACUUAUCAAAACAUGGCAGAAAAUGAAUUUGAUCCAUUGGAAGCAACUGUUAAUUUUCAUUUUAUAAAAUGUGAAUCCACUUUACCAGAAAGUCCAGAUAUGUUUGACGAAUUAUCUUCUCAACCAAGCACGUCAAAUAUUAAGCAAGAAGUUACAUCGUCAGAUUUAGACUGUUAUAAUGACAAUUAUUCUCAAGGAGAGCUUAUUUGUCUUUCUGACGAUGAAGAAGAAAAAGAAAUUAAUUUUCCACGAUCUCAAUUGUUUGAUGAAAUUAUAAUAAGUGAUGAAGUUCAUAAUGAUAAUAUAACUAGUAUUAAACAAGAGUCUGCAACCGAUUUUGAAGAACUUGUUGAUCCUUAUGGUGAGCUUGAUGAUAUUCCUCUGAUAGAACUUACAGAUGAUGAAAAUGAAGAUGAUCAUGAUGAAAACACGAAAGCAUGGCUACAUAAAUUAUUGGGUAGCCAAUUGGAAAACCAAGUUCAAAUAACAGUUCAACCACCGAAAGAAGAAGAAGAACAACAACAAAGGGAAUUUAUUGUUGAGGAAUUAGAGGAUAGUGAAGAAGAACAAGAAAGAAGGCAAGAAGUUAAAUAUGGUCAGCUGAAUGAUGUGACAGGAAAUGAAAUUCACAAACAAAAUGUUGUUGAUGUUAGUUAUUUUAUGCAAGCUAUAGGGAAACUAGUAGAUGAAAUUAAAGAGAUCGAACAAAAGUCGGAAGAUGAGGAUAACCAAAUAAGUAGCGACAUUCUAGAAAUAUCUGGCAAUGAAAAUAACGUUACAGAAAUACCGAAAAAAAUAAUAGACUCACACGUAUCCAAUAAGAGUGAUACUAUUCAAGAUAAAUUUAUGAAAAGUUAUAGUACACUUAAUGAUGAAAAAUUCAAAAAUAAAGAAUUGACAAAGAAAAAGAAAGAAAAGAGUUUAAAGAAACGAAAUAAACAAAAAAGUAUUAAACAAUCUAAAUCUACCUCAAAUAAAGCAUCAAAUGAACAAAUGACAGAAAAUUUAGAUGAUGUAUCGAAUAAAAUUUCUGAAAAAGAUACUAAGUGCCAUGAUACAAAUAUUGAUAACAGUUUUCAUAAAACUGUUGAACCUGAUCAACAUACCAGUAUGAAUAUAUGUGAUAGUCAUAGUGAAGCUAAGUCAUAUUCUGUACUUACAGAUCAUAAAUACACUAAAUUACAUAAAGAAGCAGAAGAUAAAUGUAUGAAAGUUAAUGAAACUAAUAUAGAUAGGAUUCAACAAGUCAAUCUUCAUGACAAAAAAAUUUCAAAGGAAGAAAAAAAAAUAAAUAAAAAAAGUAAAGAUAGUAGAAAAAAUAGUAGUGAAGAAAUAGAUGUUAACUUAAAUCAAUCACUUUUAUCUCAUGAAGAGAGGGGUGAUUCAGAAGCUAUGGAAGCUUUAAAAGUCACGAGUACUUCUGAAAAAACUGAUAAUACUAUAGAUAAAAAAGGAAUUCCGAAGAUAGGAAAUUGUCCUAUUAUAUUUAAUAAACGAGGAAAAAAAAUUGAGCAAGUUGAUCCACCGUUUUUGCCCAAAGGAGAGCGAUGUGGUGUCAGUAUAAAUAUUACUGCUAGUACUUCUGGAAAUAUAAAAGAUCAUAGUGAAAACAGUGAUGAUGAUAUUUUUACAUCUAAUAAAACAGCAAUUGCGUCUCGAAAAAAGGAAAAUAAGCAAACUGAAAGUAAUAAUUUAAACAAAAAAGAAAAACGAUUGGAACGUUUGCGGCGUAAAUUUGGUGAUUAUACUUCAUUAAAUAAAAACCAGAAAUUUUCAAAUGAACAGAAAAGAAAAAUUAAAGAAGAACGCAAUGAGAGAUUAAAGCAGCUUCAGCACAAAUCUGAUGAAAUGAAAAAGUCUGAACAGAAAACAGAUAUUAACAAGCGGAUCAACAAGCCUAAAGUUAAGAUUUCAAAUAAAAAUAGAGGUGCUUUUCUUACUCCUGAUGAAAUUAGUAAUGAUAAUAUAGGAAAAGAAUCAAGUAAUAAUAGUUCUGUUGAAAGAUUGAUUGUACCUAAAAUUCAAGAACUACAACAAAAUACAGCUGCUCAAGAUCUUUAUGAUGUCAUUUCCAGCACUUCUGUAAGCUAUUCCGAUGAUAAAUCACCAAAAUCAGAAAAUAAAUUUAAACAGAGAAUUGAUGCAAAAGAAAAUAAUAAUGAGAUUGAAAAAAUGGAUAUAGAUAAAGAAGCAGCUAUGGAAGAAAGAAAAAAUAAACAAAUAAGUAGUGAAAAUGAUAAUGUAGAUAAAACUAAGCCUAUUAUUACGAGUAAUGUGAGUGUUAAUCUACCAAAUAUCAAAUGUUAUAAGGAACAAUGUGAUACAAAUAAAAUUAUUCAGCCACUUCGAGGUAUUUUACGAGAUUUGCAGAACAAAAAAACUGUGAAGAAAAAAGUUCGGUUUAAUGAUAAAACAAAAAUUCAAGUUUAUCUUAUUGAUGAAGGUAAUAAAAUUGAAAUGAAAUGCACUCAAAAAGAUAUGAAAAUUGGAAAAAAAUUUCUGGAGUACGAUUUAAGUAAAGCUAAAGUUGAUUGUCCAAAAGUAGAAUUAUUUCUGUUUAAAGUUUUUCAAUGGAGACCGGUUUGGUUAAAUGAACAACGAGAUCGUCAAAUUCCACCACCAAUUGUUGAUGGAGCGGACAUAUCUUCAGUAUCAUUAACUUACUCAUCAUACAUGCAUUAUUACAAAACUAUGUCAACAUUAAUGCUAUUAGAAACGUGGUACAUAAUGUCAAAAGAUUAUGAAACACUUAAAAAGCGUCCAGUACUUUAUUCUUCUGUCGUAGAGCAAUCAGUGAGCCAAAUAGUAGUAGAUUCUUCGUCAGACAUGAAAAUAACAACGUUCAUGAUUGAAGCAUUAAUAACUGAAAAAGAUUUACGACAAAAACAUUACCCAGUUUAUGGAGAUUUGGUCAUGUUAGAAUUAGCUGGAAUUCAGGAUGGAAAAACGAUCUAUACUCACGUAUUCGCGUAUAUUACUACAUUGAAUUACACUACUAUUAUUCCUAGUACGAGGUAUAAUACAGCAUUAAAUAAACUUAUAAAAAAUCCCCAUACAUUGAUCACAUAUACAAUGAUGACAAAAGCAUUACCUUUUGUUCCUCAAACUCUAAAACCUGGAAGAUUAAAGACUGUAAUAUACUUCCGAUCAUAUAUGCGAAUGGUACAAGCUCUUCAUUAUCUACCUCAAUCUCCAUUGCUCAAUGCAAUCUUACAUCCAACUCCAGAAGCUUAUAAACUGCCAUUUGUAUCUCAUUACGAAUCAUUAACAUUAGUAACAAAAGAUAUGUUGAAUAGAAAACAACGAGAAAGUGUUUUUAGAAUCGCUGAAGCAGUACAUAACCAAAAACCAGGAAUAUUUUUAAUUCAAGGACCUCCAGGCACUGGAAAAUCUAAAGUUAUUAUAAAUUUAAUUACGGAAAUAUUAUAUGGGAGAAAAAAAAAUGAAAAUCAAAAAUUUAUGAAAAUUUUAGUAUGUGCUCCAUCAAAUGCGGCAAUUGAUGAAAUAGUUUCAAGAUUGAAAGUCAUUCGAAGUAAUGUUGAAGAUCCAGCAUAUAAAUUUAAAAUGGUUCGUAUUGGUCGAUUAGAAGCUGUUUCUCCUGCAGUCAGAUCAUUUCAUGUAUCAGAACUUGCUAAACGUGAUGUUGAGAAAACAUUAACGGAUUAUCAUGCAGCUAAAAAUAGUUCUGAAAGCAUUGAAAAACAAAAAGAAUAUUUAUUAGCUCAUAUAAAUGCAUUAAAAGAAGAAUGUAAUGCAGAAGAUAUGACUGAAAUGCAAAGACAACAUCUAUCAAGAAAGUUAGCUUCUUUUCGGGCUAAGUACGAACUUUUUUCAAAUUACAAUCCGUCAGCCCCUAUAAAUUCGAAAUUGCGUGCAAAAAUACACCAAGCAGCAGAAAAUACUAUUCUAGCUGGUGCAAAUAUCAUUGCGUGUACACUAUCUUCGUGCUAUACUAAUCAAAUGGAAUCAAUUUUUGGCAAAAGUAACGGAAAAAUAUCAGUUUGUAUUGUUGAUGAAGCUACGCAAAGCUCAGAACCAGAAACUUUAAUUCCUUUGAUGUUGGGAGUAACGUCUUUAGUCCUUGUUGGCGAUCCAAAUCAAUUACCGGCAACAAUUAUCUCACAACAAGCUAAACAUCUCGGAUUUGAUAAAUCACUUUUUGCUAGAAUUCAUUCAGUGUUUGAUGGAAAUCCACAUAAUCCUAUAAUAAUGCUAGACACACAAUAUCGUAUGUCAGAUCGCAUUAUGCUUUUUCCUAAUCGGUAUUUUUAUAAUAAUGCUAUACAAAAUGUAUCACCUAGAGAACGUCUUCCGUUUCAUUUUUAUAAAGUUUUCAAUCUUUCAUCCCAUCAAGAUGAUAGCAAUAAAUUUUCUAAUACUGAUGAAGCAACGUUUGUAGCCAAUCUUAUUUACACCAUGGCAAUAAAUUCUCAUAGAAUAAAAAAUCUUGGAAUUGGUAUCAUAACGCCGUAUAAUGAUCAACGAAUAUUAAUUAAUCAAAAGAUUAUCGACAGAAUGGAAAAUGUACCUGAGGAAAUUAAAAAAAAAAUAAUAACUGAAGUUAAUACUGUGGACAGCUUUCAAGGACAAGAACGUGAUGUUGUAAUAAUGUCAUGUGUUCGAAGUAAUGGUAUUGGAUUUUUAUCAGAUCGUCAACGACUUUGCGUAGCUUUGACAAGGGCUAAGUUUUCUCUUGUUCUUUGUGGAAAUUUUAAAACAUUUGAGAAAGAUCCGAUGUGGUUUGAAUUGUUGAAAGAUGCUCGAGAUAGAAAUAUUUAUAUCAAUUUAGAUUACAAGGCUGAGCCUGAAAAAAUCAAAGAGUUUAUUAUAAGAUAAAUAAAUUGGAGUUGAAUGUAGGAUUAUAAUAUCAAGAGUGUAAAUAAUGUAAAUUUGAGAGAAAAAAUUUUUGUUACAUUUAUAUACUUUUAUAUUACUUUAUUAUGAAAUAAAUAUUUUUUUUAUAUGUUUA